CCUUCCAUUUUUCUUGGCCUCUCAAUUUUGUUGCCUCUUCCUGCGCUUUCAUUACAAACCAAAUAGGAUCCCCUUUGAUUUUCCGGGGAAAGGUCCCUAAGGAUGAACGCCCAUCCUCUAAGUAUCAUACCUCUGUAUUCCUCUCUUUCCCUGCCCUAAUUCUCAUUUCAUCUCCUUUCUUUCCCCCUUUUCUUCUCCAUCCUUCAACAACUCCUCCGCGUUCAUGAACCGUUUCGAGCGAGCAAUCUCUCAAAAUGUUUCUCAAAAUGGUGGAGCUCUACCAAGGUUCGAACUCCCCGCCAAUCCCCAAGAUCUGCAGACUCCUAAAUCUUUGAGUAUCGUUUUGCGAAAUGCACAACACCUCCUAAGUGAAUAUGCAAUAUAUUCACUUCCGCGCAUCGCUGAGCGUUUCGAGCAAGACGGUUCCUCGACCGAUCCAAUGGUGAGGGGUCAAAUACAGGAAGAGUUAGUGCAAGUAGGACUUAGGAUGCAACAGUUCGGCGCGCUUCUUCUCGAUCUCGGCAGUUCAAUCUUGACGCUCCAUUUGGAACAAUCCACGAUUGACCAUAAAGAUCUUGCUCAAAGGAUUACAUCUACCAAUUCUCCUAUGGAUGUGUUUCGCGCUGUGGUUGAGAGUUCGGCUCAGGUUUCUGGCUGCAACAAUGAAGAUAUUGCAGAUGAGUUGUGCAGCCAUGACACACUUGCUGAGGAAUAUUUAGGGAUAUUAUCAAAUGAUAUCAAACGACGUUUGCAAGGCAAUUGAGAGCAGGAAAAAUAAGAAGGUGUUGAAGGAUAUUUGCAGAUUUGAGGGCGGAAUUCCAUCAAUGCCUUGCCUUCCUCAACUUUAUUUUUCUUCCUUUCUUUUUUUUUUUUCAUUCUACUUUUGCUUUCAUUAUAGAUUCCUUAGGUUUGUAAUAUACUUUUUUUUUUUUUUUCUUUCUUAAUAUUA